UGUGUAAUCAGUGAAGUAUAACAUCGUGAUAUUCAAGAUGAGCAUGAUGAAAAUGACAACUGGAGGAAAAGAUAUAAGAAUGACUAUUCGGAAUCAACCUCAACCUGAGUUUUCUAUACUAGCAACGUCGGUCUUCAAUUUGAGUUUCGUCGAGCGAAAAUUUCUACAUAUCGGUUGCACGUGGGUAAUUGAUCAAUACGUUCCGAUUAUAAUAAUCAUAACACCAAGUAUGUACUUUUGGAUGUCGGCAGACAAUUUUAUAAACUUUUUGAACAUUAUCGGCGAACUAAUAUCGUUCAUGGACGAUUCUUGUAAAUCAAAAAUAUAUUUGAGUACGGAGUUUAAUAUCGUCAAGUCAAAAUGUUUCUCGAAAAAUUAUCUAUCCAUAUCGGGUAGAGGUGUUGAACAACAGAAAACGGGUUGUGAAUCGCUAACCGUAGAAAACCUAAUGGAAAUAAAAGAAAUAAAACAAUGUCUUGUGGAAGUGGUAAAAGAAAAAUAUGAAACUUGUAACUUGCUCUCAAUGCAAAGUAAAGAAAUCUAUGAAAAAGCAAAAGAUAUGAUGAUAAAUAAGUUUUUAUUGUUACCUGAAAACUUAGUGUUUACGAUUGUAAAAAACAUUAAUACGUCGUUAUUGCCCAAAACUUCGAUGGUAUUGUAUAAUGAAAUAAUCACAUUCGAUUACAAAUGUAUAGUGAAGCGCAUAUGGGAUCAAUUCGUAAGCGACUUUAAAAAACAAACAAAUCAGGAUAUUUUAAACGUUAUGAAUAAUAGCACAAGUAGCGAAAAUAAUAUUAAUUUUAACCAAAACAAUAAUUGGGGUGAAGACGAAACUGACGGAGAGAAUACAAGCAUCAAUGCAUUAAAUACAUUUGCACAUAUUCAAAAAUGGGAAACUUGUAACGAUCUAAUUGAUUUAAUAGAUGAAAACAAUAAUAGCAGUGAUGAAGAAUUAAAAAAUAAUGAAAAACUGUAAAUAUAUUUGUAAAAAUGUUAUUUAUGAAAAUAAAGUUAAAUUAUUUCAACGCAGUUGGUUGUAAUUAUUUCUAUAAACCCAUUCAUCGUUUGCAAUACUACAUAUUGUUUUAUGAUGUUUGGGUUUGCGAUUAAAUAAUACAUCAUUUGUAAAUUUUAAUCUGCAGGUACGUAUGUUUAAAAUC